CAACUCAUCUUGCUGGAAGCGGUCCAGCGUAUAACAAAGCAUCUCAAGCACAAGGCUGGACAGCGAGCAGCUUUUGAAACUACUAGGAGAGGUCAUAUAUUUUAGCUUCCUGCUACUUUGCACUGCAGGUACAAAUGCUGUGGUGUACAGACCACUUUUUUUGCUAAAAAGACUUUGACCUUGAUUGAAUCUGAGUUGAAUGCCCAUUGAUUUGCCAUCCGGUCAAAUUCGUAUGCAAUCUGCCGUCGGGAAACAUCAAAGAGAUAUCUACUUCAUCAAAUCAUGCCGGGAGGUAUGGAAAUGACAAGGGCUAUCGCAAGCAGUUGUUCGUGCAGUUUUGUUGUUAUUUCAUCAAGACACGAUCCUAGGCGUAGUCUGUAUAGCAGGUCUAUCCGCAAAACAAGUAUUGCGGUUCAUGCUCAUCUACUCACUGCUGCAUCAGCAUCAUGACGGAACUCAUGAAAAAAAGAGUGAGACGGUUUCCGUUUCUUGCAUGCUGAGCCUACGUAGUAUUAUUGCCAGAACUUCCAGUGGUGAUAGAGCUUUUCGGCAUUUCCAUACGUGUAUUCGAGUCCAUUUCGUUCGAGAAGCGUCGCGCUCGCGACCGCAUGGUGUUCAUGUACUACGACAAGACCGGGAAGGGCGUGUUAAAUAAACAGAACACAUUUCUUGCCCUGCAAGCCGGCGGGGCGCUGGUGACAGAAGCCGAAUUCGCGGCGAUGGUGGAGGCCAAGGGUGCGUACGGGAUCCCCCUUGAGUUCAGUACGAAGAAAAAUAAAGGCGUCAACUUCGAGCACUUCGGCGAGAUCUUACAAAAAUGCAUCCUCCGGAAUUUUCGCGACGGCGUCUUUUCGCCGGACGUGCUGCGUGAGCGUUUCCGUAUGUUUAUCGACGAAAGGGACACAGUGUCCAUGGAGGUAAUCAGGUACAUCUCGACCAACCUCGGAGAGAAGCUGACAGCAGAACAGGCAGACACCUUGACUCGUACAGCCUACUCAGGUGUUCUUACAAGCAUCAAUCUCAGCCGCCGCAACGAAAGCUGGUCUUGCAUGAAUAACACUUACAGUGCGAAUUUGAAUACUGGAUUCUGA